GCUGCUGCAGCGCAGCCCCUCAUUCCACCGAGGCGGCUCGCGGCGGCCGCGCACGUCCGCAUCUGGAAGCGACCGGGAGCGCGUUGGGCCACAUCUGGACGCCUGUUCGCCUCUGGACCGGUCCUAGAGAGACACCCCGCUCCGUGUGACCCGUAACCGCUCCCAUAUGCGGAUAAAUCAGUGGGUACCCGUCCUUCAGUGAUGACGCUGCCGUGGAUCUUCCUGCUGCUGGGUCUGUCAGGGGCUCACCCUCAGGGCAGCGCUGAGGAAAAUGAGGUCCAGAGGGACAUCGAACUCAUCGAGAGCCAGGAGAUUGAGAAUACCAUUGGAAAUCUCAGUGACCCCACACCAAGCCACAUGCUUUCCACCUUUGCAGCCUCGAGCACCACAGAUCCUCCCGCGACCAGCGCUGGCCCUCGGUGUCCAGGAAACCAGGUGAUGCUGGUGAACAGCACAGACUGCAUCUGUCCAUCCAUCAUGGUGAAGGACGGCGACGCCUGCAUCUGCCCCGUGGGCUUCAGGUCUGAGGGGGCUGCAGACUGUGAGGAUGUUGAUGAAUGUGCUGAAGAUGGGCCGGGGCCGUGUGGUCCUCAUGCCAGCUGCACCAAUACCCCCGGCUCCUACUCGUGCGCCUGCCUCCGUGGUUUCCUGAUGAGCGCCGGCGGAUGCCAAGGGCCUGUGUGUCCAGACUACACCGUGUGUCAAGAUGUGGAUGAAUGUUUGGAGAGCCCCGCGGUGUGUGAGGGUCAGAGUGUGUGUGAGAACACGCUCGGGAGCUACAAGUGUGUGUGUGGACCAGGUUACCAGGGAAACGGCACACACUGCGAAGACGAGAACGAGUGCGUGUCGGGUGCUCACAGGUGUGACGCCAACGCUCGGUGCAGCAACGUCGUUGGCUCCUACUUCUGCCAGUGCCACCAGGGCUUCACCGGAGACGGACACGCCUGUUUCGACAUCGAUGAGUGUGCCGUGAACAACGGUGACUGUCAACACAACUGCACCAACGAACCAGGAGGGUACCGCUGCCAGUGCACGUCGGGAUUCCAGCUGGACCGGGAUGAACACAACUGCACAGAUGUGGACGAGUGCUCGGCUCCAGGUGGGACCUGCGAGCACAUUUGCAUCAACACUCUGGGAUCCUUCCGCUGCUCCUGCAGGCCGGGCUUCCAGCUGCACGUCGAUGGCCACACCUGCGUGGACGUCGAUGAAUGUAAGCUCCGGAACGGCGGCUGCUCCCACACCUGCGCCAACUCUCCAGGAGGACACGCGUGCCGCUGCCCUCCUCCCCUGCUGCUCAACGCAGACAACCUCACCUGCACCAAUAUAACGUCGUGCGGGCUGAGGAACGCCGGGUGCGAGCACACGUGCGCCGUGGGGGCCGAGGGCCGCGUCCAGUGCGGCUGCAGAACCGGCUGGAGACUGGGCUCGGACCUGAGGAGCUGCGUGGAUGUAAAUGAGUGCGGGGACUUCGCAAACGGGGGCUGUGAGCAGCUCUGCGUGAACCAUCCCGGCGGCUUCAACUGCAGCUGCAGGAACGGCUAUCGCCUUCGAACCGACGACCUCACCAAGUGCCAGCCUGUGUGUGACCCGCCCUGUCAGAACCAUGGGGUGUGUGUGGCCCCAAACAGCUGUGACUGUCCUCCAGGGUACCCUGGGGUCCGAUGCUCAGCCAUGUGCUCCCCACCCUGUGCCCACGGAGGCACGUGCAUGCGCUGGAACCAGUGCCUGUGCCCCCCCGGUUGGACCGGCGCUGGCUGCCGCACAGCUGUGUGUGAGCUGCCCUGUGCCAACGGCGGCCGCUGCGUGGGCCCCGACACCUGCCAGUGUCCGUCGGACUACGCUGGGCUCCAGUGCCUCCAGCCUCUGUGCACUCCUGCCUGUCAACACGGAGGAAGGUGUGUGGACGUCAACAAGUGUACGUGUGCUGGAGGAUGGCAGGGAGCUCGCUGUCAGAUAGAGCCGGUUCAGUGUCACACGCCCUGUCAGAACGGUGGAGUGUGUGUGGGUCUCAACAGGUGCCGCUGCUCUACAGGAUUUACUGGAAACCUCUGUGAGAAAACCGUGACCACGCCCUGUGUUCCCCCCUGUCAGCACGGCGCCACCUGCGGUCCUCGUAACACCUGCUCCUGUCCAGAGGGCACCGCUGGCCACCGCUGUGAGAAACUGACGUGUCCUGUGGUCACCACGGUGGUCGGCAUGGCUCGAGCAGUGAGGAAGGCCUUUAGGGAGAGUUAUGUGGAUCGCUGUGGGCCCCUCGGAUCCCAGCUCUGCACUAAAUACAGGAUAAACCAGGCCCGCGUGUACCUACAAGCCUACAGAGUGGGUUACCGAGUCCAGUGUCCUGACAGGAAGGUCCGGUGAGCAGGACCGUCCGGGAGCUCAUCAUCACGUGCAAACGUUGGUACAUUGGGACAAACUGAACAGAAAUAAAUGUGACUGACUCGUGAGUUCUUUGAGGCUGUUUCAUCAAUAAGCCUCUAAGAUGAAAUGAGUGACUCUCUCAUAUUUACUCUAUGAUGUGCUUUACAUUAUCUACAUUGUUUAAUUUGCACUGUGGGUUUAUUAUUAGCAGAUACAGUUAUAAAGGUGUUACAUAGUGUUUUAAUAACUGAUGUUUUUAACAACACUCCUAGCAACUGAAGAUGCAAUAUAAUCAUCACUGCUCUAAAACUGUAGCAAUUCAAAUUUAAAUUUAAAUUUAAAUUUUGGAGCAAAUAGGUGACAUAAAUAAAGAAUAAAAUUGAGCUACAUAGAGUGUUGAGUAUAUACAGAGAGAGUUUAACACUUUUAACACUUCAAUCAGAUCACUGGAUUCACCACAGCCACAUCAUCAACAUCUGGCCUGUCUCUGCCUUUUCUUCACACCACCGUUAUCACGCUGAUUCAUUCAUGCUUCCCAUGAAAGUCAGGGGAAAAACUACUUUGGGCUUAUUUUGCUCCACUAGACCAUCUUCUGGGCAAAAAGAAUGAAGCAGCUCAAGCUGUUACCAACAUUAGUGGUUUAUUCAGCACACAUGUAACAUUUAGAAUAACUGCACACAAAAAAGCACAUUUACACGUUUGUAAAAAGAACCGAAGUCAUUCUAAUCCUGUGUGAGAUGGGACUUCGUUGUUUGCAUCAGUAAUCAGUGGACAUGCUCAAAAG